AGGAUAAACAUUGAAUAUUUAUCCGAAUUGCUAUUCCAUAGAAGGAACUAGCGUUCGUCUCUCCGUCGAGCUCCGCCGGCGCCGAUAUCCGGAGAAGGUUUAGACAAUUGCCGGACGAGGUGUAGACGACUGCCGGACAAGGUGUGAACGAUUGCCGGACAAGGUGUAAACGAUUGCCGGACAAGGUGUGAACGAUUGCCGGACAAGGUGUGAACGAUUGCCGGACAAGGUGGGAACGCUUCUAUAUAAUUAUAGAACGGAAUUGCAGAGGUUAAGUAUUAUCUAAGUUUUCCACGGAGAAUUAGGUCGUUGCAAUAUGAUAAAAUGCCCUUUGAGCCGCAGAUAGAACAGGAACAGCCGGGAAUAAUGAUGUAAUCAUAUUGCAAGAUUCAGGGAGAGAUUGUUCCACCGUCAUUCUGGAAAAUACUCCAAUUGCUGUCGUACAAAGAGCAGUUAGUUUUUUUCUUGCUUUUACCUUUGCGUUUUGAUGUUUACUCCGUGUUUCUACUUGGUGCCUGAGAGUUCGAUUGGAGUGUAUUGGUAUUAUUCAUGAACUAGGAGUAGUUCCAAAAUGGUGGGAGUAAUAAUGGCGAAUGCAAAUUUGUGCAUCCCUUGUUGUGAAGGAAAUGGAUUUCCGGCACUGCAUUGUACCCAGAAUUCCCAUUAUUUAUUAGGGUUUUCGUUUUUUACUAGUUCGGUAUCUGGAAGUGGCUUAAAUUCUGGCAGUGCGAAGAGCAGAGUUUUAAGGCACAGGGGACAUAAAUGUGGAGCAAUUAAGGCUUCAUCAAAGGGAGAAUCUGAUAUUCGAUUGGCAAGUGGGAAUCUCCUCGAAAACGAUUUUCAGUUUAAGCCAUCUUUCGAUGAAUAUGUGAGGGUUAUGGAGUCCGUUAGAUCUAGAAGGUAUAAGAGGCAGUCGGACGAUCCUAAUAAGAUGAAGGAAAAUGCGAGUGCAAAGAGCGCUGAAAGCACUUCCAUUUCUAACAUAGUGACUGAUGUUCAAGGAAAUAUGGACGUAAAGAAAAAGGUUAUAUGUGUUGAUCAGGAGGAUUUGUUUGAUAAUUCAGAGAGAAUUACACGUAAAAUAGAUUUGUCGGGAAAUAAAUUUGAUAGCAAAAGGAAAGGGGUUACAAGAUCAAAGGAUGAGCUUAAAGGUAAGGUGACACCUUUUGACUCACAGGUAAAUGAUAAACAACAUGUAGAGAAAAGGAAUGGAAACUGGUCGAAUUACAUUGAGCCAAAAGUAACUAGGUCGAACCAUGAUAAACGACUUCAUUUUAAGGCUAAUACAUUGGAUGUGAAAAGUGAAAGCCACGGAGUACGUUAUGGAAGUUCCAUGAAAAUAUCGGAAAAGAUUUGGGCUGAUGAUGACACUAAACGAACUAAGGAUGUUCUGAAGGUUGGGAAGUAUGGUGUUCAGCUCGAAGGAAACUAUAUUCCCGGUGACAAGGUUGGUAGAAAGAAAACUGAGCAGUCCUACAGAGGGUUAUCCAAAAGUGGUAAGCAGUUUCAUGAAUUUACAGAAGAGAGUAGCUUAGAGGUCGAACAUGCUGCCUUCAACAGUUGUGAUGCAGAAGACAUAAUGGACAAACCAAGAGUUUCAAAGAUGGAAAUGGAAGAGAGAAUCCAGAUGCUUUCUAAGAGAUUAAAUGGUGCAGACAUUGAUAUGCCUGAGUGGAUGUUUGCUCAAAUGAUGAGGAGUGCAAAGAUUAGAUAUUCAGAUCAUUCAAUAUUAAGGGUUAUUCAAGUGUUGGGUAAGCUAGGAAAUUGGAAACGAGUGCUUCAAGUCAUCGAAUGGCUUCAAAUGCGUGAACGGUUCAAGUCACAUAAGCUGAGAUUUAUAUACACCACUGCCCUUGAUGUACUUGGAAAAGCGAGGAGACCUGUGGAGGCACUCAAUGUAUUCCAUGCAAUGCAGGAACACUUUUCCUCAUAUCCUGACUUAGUAGCAUACCAUAGUAUUGCUGUCACUCUUGGACAAGCAGGAUACAUGAGGGAACUCUUUGAUGUGAUUGAUAGCAUGCGGUCUCCUCCAAAGAAGAAGUUUAAAACAGGGGCACUUGAAAAGUGGGACCCACGGCUGCAACCUGAUAUAGUUAUCUAUAAUGCGGUUCUAAAUGCUUGUGUUAAGCGAAAAAAUUGGGAAGGGGCAUUUUGGGUCUUGCAGGAACUAAAGGAACAAGGUCUACAGCCUUCUACGACAACAUAUGGAUUGGUCAUGGAGGUGAUGCUUCAAUGUGGCAAGUACAACUUAGUUCAUGAGUUCUUCAGAAAAGUGCAGAAAUCUUCAAUUCCUAAUGCUUUAACAUAUAAAGUUCUUGUCAAUACACUUUGGAAAGAAGGUAAAACAGAUGAGGCUGUGCUGGCCAUUCAGACCAUGGAAAAACGAGGAAUAGUUGGGUCUGCAGCUCUUUAUUACGACUUUGCUCGUUGUCUUUGCAGUGCUGGUAGGUGCAAAGAAGCCCUGAUGCAGAUGGAGAAGAUAUGUAAAGUUGCUAAUAAGCCUCUUGUAGUGACUUACACCGGUUUGAUUCAAGCUUGUUUGGACUCAAAAAACUUACAAAGUGCAGUCUAUAUAUUCAACCACAUGAAGGCCUUUUGCUCCCCCAAUCUUGUUACUUGUAAUAUACUGUUGAAAGGUUACUUGGACCAUGGGAUGUUCGACGAAGCUAAAGAGCUGUUUCAGAAUAUGUCAGAAAAUGGACGAAAUAUCAGCGCUGUAUCUGACUAUAGGGAUCGAGUAUUACCAGAUAUCUACACAUUCAACACCAUGCUAGAUGCAUCCUUUGCAGAAAAGAGAUGGGAUGAUUUCAGCCAUUUCUAUAACCAGAUGCUUCUUUAUGGGUAUCACUUCAACCCAAAACGUCAUCUGCGGAUGAUAAUGGAGGCUGCUAGGGGUGGAAAGGAUGAGCUACUGGAAACAACAUGGAAGCACUUAGCUCAGGCUGACCGGACACUGCCACCACCGCUCAUCAAAGAAAGGUUUUGCAUCAUGCUGGCUAGAGGUGACUACUCUGAAGCUCUCUCUUGCAUUUCUAAACACCAUAGUAGCGAUGAACAUCAUUUCUCUAAGUCUGCUUGGCUAAAUUUACUGAAAGAGAAAAGGUUUCCCAAGGAUAGUGUUAUUGAGUUAAUUCAUAAGGUUAGUAUGCUUCUUGCUAGAAAUGACUCACCAAAUCCAGUGCUUCAGAAUCUGUUAUUGAGUGGUAAAGAAUUUUGCAGAAGUAGAAUUAGUGUAGCUGACCCUAGACUUGAAGAAGUUGUUUGUACAAAUGAAUUCCAAUCUGCUGCUGUCAUGCAUGUUUAGCAUAAUUUGAGAGGAAAUAAUGUUCUUUGGUUCAUUCCCUUGUUCUUAGGUUAUGUAUUAUAUAAAGGAACUAGAAAAUGAAAAUCAUUAUUCCUAUAA